UAAAGGUUGCACGUACGCGCAAGAUGUGUUAAAAACGUGAAAUAGCGGUAAAAUAAAACAAAACGGAAAUACGUAAACAAACUACUAACGUAAAAAUAUAAAAAAAUAAAUAAUAAAAAACAGAAAAUAUAAAAAUAAACAUAAACACACAUACACAAACUGACUAAAAUAAAACUCAGCAUGUGUUUGUAUAUGAAUAUACCCCUUUGGAUAAAUGUGGAACGUUUAACGACAGCAAUCUCGACAACUGCAUCCCAGCUGUUUGAUGUUUCUCUAGUCAUAUUUUUAUUAAAUUGUAAAUCGUCAACAGCGGUAGCAGCAGCGGCAGCAGAUAUAUCAACAACAACAACAGCAAAUACAUUAAAACCAGCACGUCAUGCAAGUAAACAAUUAAAACAAACAAAUACAAUAACAGCAGCAACAACAACAACGUCAUCAACAGUAUAAACAUCGAGCAGCAGCAGCAGCAACUACAGCAGAAUCUCUUAAUAAGACAAAUAAAAUUCAACACAGUUCUCUCUAUCAAAGCUCAUUGUCAACACACAACACACUGCUGCCGUUGUAGAUGCCGGUGUUUAACAACAAGACAAUCAAAACAAUAAAAAUAUCAGUGAGAAAAAAAUUCAUAAAAUAAUUAAAAAUUUAAUUAAAAAGAAGAAAUUUUUUUUUUACAAAAUACUUUUGUGUAGUCAUACCUGCAUUUCUAGCUUUUAGAUACGAAAAGAAAUACACGAAUGCAGUUAAUUCUUUGAGAAAAGUGUUUGUGUCAAUUCGUUUGUGAGCGAGUGUGUGUUUAAUUAAAACGAGUAAACAUAAACAUACUUACUCUUAUCGUAUAAUUAAAAACAAAAAAAAAAGAGUUAAUUAAAAAGUGAACUACAUACGCUGUUAAAUAAAAGUAUAAUCUCUACAAUAGUGUUAAAGCUUGAUUGUAGGAUUUCCUGAAAAAAUACAACGAGACAAGAGAAUUCACAUUAGGAAAGACCUUUAAAACUAAAUGUCUUGAUGUUUUAAGAAGUUAGAAUAUACAAACAAAACGUCAACAGGAAGAAGUAUUAGAAAUGUUUGUGGCAAAAAUCAAAUGAAUUAUAGUGCCAAAAAGCGAAAAAAGGAAAAAGAAUUGGAGCUGAAACUGGAUUUUGAGGGGCAUGACGACUGUGGCAAGGAGGAAAUACAAACGGGUAAAGAAAACAAUAUUGUUAUGCCAACAGACAGAACAAAUAUAUUAAAAGAAAAGAAGGCGGAAGAAGACGAACAACAACAGUUGGCAAAACAAAUGAAUGACACAGCAGCACCUUUGCAGUUGCCAGAACAAAACAAACGAAAAACAACAAUCCAAAUGGCCUCGACUGAAGAUUCAACAAAAAGGACUAAUUUCUCAACAACAACAACAGCAUCAGCAUUGACAUGUGAACCAGCAGAUAAUACGUCAGCAGGUAAAUGGAAAAAUUGCCAAUGCAAUUUGCAAAGCGAUCAACAUUUAAAAGAAAAUCAAAAACAACAAGAGCAUCAUCAUCAUCACAACCACCACGAUUAUGAGCCACUUUAUCUACAUCAGCCAAAGGCAACAUGUAAACAAUCAAACAUACCUCCUUCUCCUCCCACCCCUCCAGCCAAUGUUAUAACAUCGCUUGCCACUGUCUAUAUAUGUUUGGGUAUAUUGACUUGGCUCUAGCCUCCCUAUCUGUGUUAUUUUACUCACAUGUAGUCUCCUGCACUACAACCUGCCAAAAUUCAACAACAUCAUCCUUACUUAACAACCAGCAAAUGGCAGAGACGAGUUCUGGGGAAAACCUCCCCAAAGAAUUUCCAUCAUCGUCAUCAUCUGCGCCUCUAACGUUACCCAUGUUUCGUGAACAAUUUCAACAGGAAUUAUUUGCCUCGGAACAUGUGCUGCGCUCCAUGAUUGAACAAAUUUUAUAAAACAGUCAUCAGCUGGCAAUGGGGAACAGAACGACAUCAACAACUACAAAAUGAAAAAUCUUUCUUUAGGGAAUUUAAACGA